AUGUCUCGAGGAGGUCGAGGUGGUGGCCGUGGUGGACGCGGCGGCGGAAGAGGUGGAAGACCCAAUGUGCCGUGGGAUACAGGUGAUGAGCCUGAUGCGCGACCCUCUGAGUUGUUCCCCCCAUACCUCGUCCCAACCCCCCGAGAGCUAUCCUCACACGAGAAAUCCGCCGUACAACAUCUCCUACUUCUAAGGCACCAGAUCCAUGCUUCUCCUCUAUACACAUCCAAACGUACAGCUCUCAACGAUCCGACAGCACCUAGGAAACACUAUGGGCAGGCACAGAAGAAUGCUGUCUUUGGAACUAAGAGCAAGGCUUCCGUAGAUCCCUUCACUGCUGUACCCACCUACUCUCACAAGUUCGCCCGCGAGGAGCGCGCUCUUCCGGAUUGGUCCAAUCGCCCAGUUUGCCGCGAGCUUUUCCCCCGUGAACUAUACGAUACCAUCGAUGCUGCAGCCAACAAGAGCGCCGACGUGCCCGGCGGCUACAAGCGCCGAAAGCUUGAGCUCUCGAGUGUUAACGCGCUGCCGAGUGCAGAGGAAGCUUUUGGAAUGGCAGGUGAUGUUGAAGAUGAGAUGCAGGGCCGAAACCUCCUUGAACGUCUGCAGGCUCUUAAGGAUGAAGAUGGCGACGAGGCGGGCGACCUUGAAGACGAGGAGGGCGAAGAGGAAGAGCAGGAUGAAGUUUACGAUGAUGAAGACGCGGGAGACUACGAUGCCGAAAACUACUUUGAGAAUGGCGAUGAAUUCGGCGAUGAUUACGGAGAUGAUGGCGACGGAGAAGGGACCUUCUAG